UAUUAUUUGGCGUUCAGUGAACGGUCUCACUGCAGGAACAACAAAACAAAACUCAGAAUAAACGACAGUAUUUAAACGAUUCCUUAAGGACAAGUGAUAUUGCAUUCCUACAAUUAACUGCCAAAAAUUCGGUAGUGCAGCACACUUUACAGAUCGCAUCCCUAACUUCAUAGCUAAAGUUAUGAGUGAUAACCAGAUAUGCGACAUAAGCAACGAAGUUCUGGAGGAAUUGAAGAAGUUUCGAUUCAGCAAGAGCAAAAAUAAUGCGGCUUUGAUAUUGAAAGUCGACCGGGAGAAGCAAACGGUGGUGCUGGACGAGUUCAUCGACGAUAUUUCGGUGGACGAGCUGCAGGAUACAUUGCCAGGACACCAGCCCCGAUAUGUCAUCUAUACGUAUAAAAUGGUCCAUGACGAUCAGCGCAUUUCGUACCCAAUGUGCUUCAUAUUCUACACACCCAGGGAUAGCCAGAUCGAAUUGCAGAUGAUGUACGCCUGCACGAAGAGCGCUCUUCAGCGCGAAGUAGAUCUCACACGCGUCUACGAGAUACGCGAACUAGACGAACUCACCGAGGAGUGGCUGAAAGCCAAGCUCAAGUAGAGAGGUUUCGAUCUCUGGGAUCAAUCAAUCCGGGCCGUUGUCAAAAGCAAUAUUUUAUGAUAGUUCUCUGAUUGAUUUUUGAGCUUUUUAUAUACAUAUUCAAACUGGAUUAAGCCGAUACCAACGAUGCAUACCAAUACCAAACAAACCAAUAUUGAGAUACUACAAUUUUUACCUACAGAAAACACAAAUCAAGCUUAGUUUAUACAACAAUGACAUUUUUAUAUCGACGACAAGUAUGCGACAAGUACGCGCGGGGAGUUUUUAGUGAUUUUAGUUCUUGCAUUUAAGUAAUAAUCUUAAUAGAAGCUGUGCUUGCCAAAUUUCUACAUGUAUUUAUUGUAAAGAUAUAAAAGCAAACAUGACAAAAUAUUCCAUUUUAUAUAGACAAACUAAAUAAAAGUGUUCAAUAUCAAAACAU